AUGAAUACUUACACAUUUCGAGUAUUGUGUUCUCUUGUACGUGUUGAGGGCAUGCUAAAGGAAGAUGGGUUAGUAUCAAUAGAAGAACAGGUAGCUAUGUUUUUACACAUAUUAGCUCACCAUGCUAAAAAUCGUGUCAUCAAGUUUAAAUUCCAACGGUCGGGGGAAACUGUUAGUAGAUACUUCAAUUUAGUUUUAAAGUCUGUGUUGAGGUUGCAAGAAAAUUUAUUGAAGGUACCGGAUCCAGUUCCUGAGAAUUGCACUGACGAUAGGUGGAAAUGGUUUAAGGGUUGUCUUGGAGCUUUAGAUGGAACUUAUAUUACUGUUAAUGUUCCUGAGGCUGACAAGCCAAGAUGUAGAAGUCGAAAAGGUGAAAUUGCCACAAAUGUGUUAGGAGUGUGCUCACGAGACAUGAAAUUUGUAUAUGUGUUGCCGGGUUGGGAGGGUUCAGCUUCAGAUGCUAGGGUAUUGCGUGAUGCAAUUAAUAGGAGAAAUGGCCUUAAGGUUCCAACAGGUAAGAACAUGCUCAAGCUAGAAAUGAGGGAAAUGGAUACAAAUCCUUUAGAGAUAGAGCUAGGUAACAUAUCUAUUGACGAGGAGGUGGAUGAAGAGCUACAUGAUAGCAUAGACACCAUAGAUACAAGUGAAGCGUGGAGUGCUUGGAGAGAUGCAUUGGCUAAUGAAAUGUACAAUGAUUGGGUUGCUCAUUGA